CCCGUCAAGCUUCAACAUCAGCCCUGACUUUGCGAAGAUGGAGGCUGUUAUGGUCUAGACCAGGAAACACAGAAAGCACCAACUACAGGGUUCAGAGAUCUGUUAUGACAACACAUCCAGCUUGUUCAGCAGGUGGAGGCAGGAGGUGUGAGUAGACUGCAGUGAACAUCAGCAGCAUGUACUCCGAGUGGCGCUCGCUGCAGCUGGUGGUGCAGAGUGACCAGGGCCACCUCAGCGUUCUACACACCUAUCCCACCAGCGUGGGGACUGAGGUGGCAAAUGCUGUGGUCAAGCCUCUGGGCACAGCUGUGAGCCCUGUCGCCACAGAGAACAUCCUCAAGACGGACAAGGAGGUGAAGUGGACCAUGGAGGUGCUCUGUUAUGGUCUCACCCUCCCCCUCGAGGGGGACACAGUCAAGCUAUGUGUGGACGUGUACACAGACUGGAUGAUGGCCCUGGUGUCGCCCAGAGACUCGAUGCCUCAGCCUGUGGUCAAAGAGCCCAAUAUGUACGUCCAGACCAUCCUCAAACAUCUCUACAACGUCUUUGUACCGAGACCUGAGCAGCACAGUCUGAACCACAUCAGGCUCUGCCAGCAGGUCCUGACUGCAGUCCAGAAAUUGGCAAGAGAGUCCGUAUCCAUGGUGAGGGAAACCUGGGAGGUGCUGCUUCUCUUCCUACUUCGUGUCAACGACACAUUACUUGCACCACCCACAGUUGGAGUUGGGGUGGCAGAAAAGCUGGCAGAGAAACUGAUGGCCGUGCUGUUUGAGGUGUGGCUGCUUGCAUGUGCCCGCUGCUUUCCCACGCCGCCAUACUGGAAGACGGCGAGGGAGAUGCUGGCAAACUGGAGACACCACCCACCUGUUGUAGAGCAGUGGAGCAGAGUAGCCUGUGCCCUGACCUCUAGGCUUUUGCGUUUCACACACGGACCGUCCUUCCCUCCUUUCAAAGUUCCUGAUGAAGACGGAAACCUGAUUCCUUUAGAGAUGGACAAUGACUGUGUUGCACAGACGUGGUACCGCUUUCUCCACAUGCUCAGUAACCCGGUGGACCUGAGCAACCCUGCGAUAGUUAGCACCACUCCAAAGUUUCAGGAACAGUUCCUUAACUCCAGCGGCAUCCAUGAAGUGGUGCUGCAUCCGUGUUUGAAGCAGCUACCCCAGAUCUUUUUCAGGGCCAUGAGAGGCGUCAGCUGCCUUGUGGAUGCCUUCUUAGGUAUAUCACGUCCCAGAGCUGACAGCGCCCCACCCACUCCAGUCAACAGAAUGAGCAUGUCCCCGCCUCCUUCCAUCACCAACACCACACCCCCUCACAGUCGCAAGCAGCGACAUACAGUGGUCACCAAAACUACGAGCAAGAGUUCAACUGGCAGUGGGAGUCAACCAACCAAAGCAUCCCAGCAGCAACAGCAGCAGCAACAAACUUCGUCCUCUCCGACCCUGCUCUCCAGCCCCAAUCAGAGCAGCUGGGAGUCUCGACCCCUGCCGGCCCCGGCACGGCCAAAGGUCAACAGCAUCCUCAACUUGUUUGGCCAGUGGCUUUUCGAUGCUGCUCUGGUCCACUGUAAGCUCCACAGCGGCCUCAGCAGAGACCCUAGCAUGACCGCGAUAGCCACUCAAGUCGGUCUGGAACUGAGGAGGAAGGGUUCACAGAUGUCCACUGACUCCAUGGUGUCCAACCCCAUGUUUGAUGCCAACGAGUUCCCAGAGAGCUAUGAGGCGGGACGAGCCGAGGCAUGUGGGACUCUCUGUCGCAUCUUUUGUAGCAAGAAAACUGGAGAAGAGAUUCUGCCUGUUUACCUGUCAAGAUUUUACAUGGUCCUGAUUCAGGGUCUCCAGAUUUCUGAUUUCAUUUGUAGACCGGUUCUGGCGUCUAUUAUUCUCAACUCUUCCUCUCUUUUCUGUACGGACCUGAAAGGCAUCAAUGUUGUUGUGCCUUACUUCAUUGCUGCCCUGGAGACUAUUGUACCAGACAGGGAGCUGUCCAAAUUCAAGAUUUAUGUAAAUCCCACCGACCUGAGGAGGGCCUCCAUCAACAUCCUGCUUGCUAUGCUGCCUCUGCCGCAUCACUUUGGCAAUAUCAAAUCAGAGGUCCUCUUGGAAGGAAAGUUUAAUGAGGAGGAUGGAUGGCCUCAUGACCAGCCUGUGUCUUUCCUGUCACUGAGGCUCCGUCUAGUCAAUGUCCUCAUUGGAGCACUACAGACUGAGACCGACCCCACCAACACACAGCUCAUCCUGGGUGCAAUGCUCAAUAUUGUUCAAGACUCAGCGCUGUUGGAAUCCAUAGGUGCGCAGACUGAAACAGGGAGCAUAGAUGGAAGCCACAUAACUGUAAGGAGUCAGAGUCACAGUCGCACCAACAGUGGCAUCAGCUUCAACAGUGGGGGAAGCACUGAGGCCACCAGCCCAGACUCUGAGCGUCCUGCACAGGCCCUGCUGCGAGACUAUGCUCUUACAGAUACAGCGGCAGGCCUGCUGGUGCGCAGCAUCCACCUCGUCACUCAGAGACUCAACUCCCAGUGGAGGCAGGACAUGAGCAUUUCACUGGCUGCACUGGAGCUGCUGGCUGGGCUCGCCAAGGUGAAGGUGGGAGUAGACUCUGCAGACCGUAAACGUGCCGUCAGCUCCAUAUGUGGGUACAUCGUCUACCAGUGCAGCCGUCCAGCUCCUCUUCAAUCCAGAGACCUCCACUCUAUGAUCGUAGCUGCCUUCCAGUUUCUGUGUGUGUGGCUCACAGAACACCCUGACAUGCUGGAUGAGAAGGAUUGUUUGGUUGAGGUGUUGGAGAUUGUGGAGUUGGGAAUCUCUGGCAGCAAAUCUCGACAGGAACAAGAAGUUCGACAUAAAGGGGAGAAGGAGCACAACCCAGCCUCAAUGAGGGUGAAGGAUGCUGCCGAGGCCACUUUAUCCUGUAUCAUGCAGGUGUUGGGGGCCUUCCCCUCCCCUAGUGGUCCUGCUUCCACCUGCAGCCUGCUGAAUGAAGACACCCUGAUUCGCUACGCCAGACUCAGUGCCACAGGAGCGAGCAACUUCCGCUACUUUGUCCUGGACAACUCGGUCAUCCUGGCCAUGCUGGAGCAGCCUCUCGGCAAUGAGCAGAACCCCAGUCCUUCAGUGACAGUCUUAAUUCGAGGCACAGCAGGAAGACAUGCCUGGACCAUGCAGCUCUUUCACCAACCCAGAGGGGCUCGGGCCAAUCAGAGGCAGGUGUUUGUCCCAGAGGGCCGUCCAACGCCGAACAACGACGUGGGGAUCAAGUACAAUGUCAAACAGAGGCCCUUCCCUGAAGAGGUGGAUAAGAUUCCUCUGGUCAAAGCUGAUGUCAGUAUCCCCGACCUGGACGACAUUGUCAGUAAGGAGGUGUGUUGUAUGGGCUGGCAGGAUGAUUCAAGAGCUACAAAUUCACUGAUGAGUAAUAAUCCACACCUGGAGCUUCAACACGACAAGCUUCGUAUCCUGAUGACUAAGCAGAUAGACUACGAGAACGCUUUGGAGCGUCACAGUGAUGAAGUUUGGAAGUCAAAGCAAUUCCCCGACCCACAGACCGACUGUAAACCUCCUCCACCCUCGCAGGAGUUCCAGACAGCUCGCCUCUUUCUCUCCCACUUUGGCUUUCUGUCACUGGAGGCGCUCAAGGAGCCCAAUAACAGUCGUCUACCUCCUCAUCUGAUUGGUCUGGAGUCAUCCUUACCAGGAUUUUUUGAUGACAUCAGCUACCUGGACCUUCUUCCUUGCCGACCAUUCGACACUGUCUUUGUUUUCUAUGUCAGAGCGGGACAGAAAAGCAGCCCUGAGAUCUUGAGGAAUGUGGAGUCAUCAUCCAGCGUCCAGCCUCAUUUCUUAGAGUUCCUGAUGUCCUUGGGUUGGCCUGUGGAUGUGGGACGCCACCCGGGAUGGACAGGACACCUAGAUACCAGCUGGUCCCUGAACUCCUGCUCCGACAGCAAUGAAAUACACCAAACAGAAGAAGCAGCUACUCCUGAGGACACGGGCGGUUCAGUGUUCAACGGAGAGAAGAAAGUUUUGUACUAUGCUGAUGCUCUGACGGAGAUCGCCUUUGUGGUUCCAUCCUUGACAGAAAGCUCCGAGGAGUCAUCAGUGCACAGUGACUCCACGGUGGAGGCAGACACAAACUCAGACCUCGUGCCCGGUUCACUUAAACAACCCAAUCUCACACUGGAGCUCUUCCCCAACCACUCUGAAAACCUGGAGUCUGCCAAAAAGCUGAGUCCUUUGGUAAAGACAAAAAGGUCAUCAACUGGAAAAUCUUUCCCUCCUCUGGGUCCGGAGACGAAGGUGUUUGUGGUCUGGGUGGAGCGCUUCGAUGACAUCGAGAACUUCCCGUUGACUGAUCUCUUGGCGGAAACCAGCACGGGUUUGGAAGCCAGCAUGAGCAACAGCACUUCCUGCAGGUCAGGGUUACUCGAGAAGGACGUUCCAUUAAUCUUCAUCCACCCUCUGAAGACGGGACUCUUCAGGAUCCGGCUGCAUGGAGCCGUGGGUAAAUUUGGCAUGGUGAUUCCCCUGGUGGACGGCAUGGUGGUCAGCCGCAGAGCACUAGGGUUUCUUGUUCGCCAGACAGUCAUCAACGUGUGCCGGCGGAAGCGUCUGGAAAGUGACUUGUACAACCCUCCUCACGUGAGGCGGAAGCAGAAAAUAACUGAGAUUGUCCAGCGUUACCGCAACAAGCAACUGGAGCCCGAGUUUUACACCUCGCUCUUCCACGAGGUGGGGGAGGGGAAGCCUCACCUCUAACCCGCCUGUCCUGUCCUAACACUGGCUCACAAACGCACACAGCUACAAACAUAUGCUCUUAUCUUACACUCUUACACCAUUUACAACUGUGCACACACACUCACAGACACAGACACAGACACACACACACAGACACAGACACACACACACACACACACACAGAAUCUUUAUAUUUAUACUGUACUUUUUUGUUAUUUAUACAAAUAUCAACACUGUCUGCCUUUGACUCUGAGAGCAAAGUGUCAAAAACCAUGCCAAGGUGGAAGAAGCUACAUUUCUAUGUCGCAGCCGCUCAUCAAAGGUUUGAAUGGCUGCUGCUCAACAGUGACUGUCUCUCUGCAUUUAGCUUCACGCUUCGUGGCAAAAGACUUUCUGCUUGUCAUUAACUGCAAUACAAUAGUAACACUGUUGGCCUUUCUGAAAUUGUAAAAAUGUUUGUCCUUUAAACCCCGUGAAACCAGUCGAUUUCAUGAUGGUUUGGUAAUACAGAGCUGUGUCAUAAACCCUGAUCUGCUUUUCUGAUUUUGCUUUAGUCAAACAGAUUUAUGUUGGACUUUUGCCAAGGAGAUAAACAUGUAAGAAAAUGUUUUCUAAUAUACAUUGCAGCUGCUGCUUUAAGGCAGGUGGCGUCAAGAGAACACGGAGGUGAUUGAAAGCAUUGAUCCAUGGUGUAACUAUCAUCUCCAUGCAGACACCUGCUAAAGUCUUCCUAGUGCAAACCAUUACAGCAUCAGACUGAGCGCACAAAUAUUUGUAUGUUUUUCUUUUAUUUGAACUUGAUUUAUAGGACUUUGCGUUUUGUUUUGUUAUUUUUUGACAUCUGCAUUGUCUCUGUGCCAGUCUGAAAGUCAUCCCAUCUCACACCGGCCUCUGCACUUUGCGUUUCUUUGUUUUUAAGUGUACAGCUUUUUCUGCCAGUCAGAAACACUACAAGGAGUCACAGUGAUCCUGAAAACCCCCAUAAAUGGCAUUUAAAGGUGAAUCCUGUCGCUUAAAGACAAAUAUCUCAAAGAUGGUCCCGUUUGCAAAUGUAAUCUUAGAAUUGUUUACUCUUUAAGCUAGAUAAAGUUUGAGUUUACUAAUGAGAGUCGUCUCAGAGCUCAUUGCACUUGCUAUUUGCAGAUGUCGUGUUUGCAAACAGAAGUACAGCACAGGUUAAGUGUCUCGCUCCCCCUAACAAACCCACAGUGAUGAAUUAUAGGGCCAAAACUCUCAGUGUAGCUAAUAACAUUGUCAAACUUGCAUUUUGGCUGAUUAAAGUUGUGACUUUUUAUUGAAAACCCCAAAAGAGACGAUCUAACAUGUUGUUUCCUUCAGUUUGGAUAACAGAAACAUGCAUUUUUGCCUUCACUUAUAUUUAAAAAUGAUUUUCUACCCCUGUCAAAUUUAGUUUCACUCUUGUUUACUCACUGUACUUUGGUUUUGAUUGAAGCCCUCUCACUGUCUGCCUGUAAAAAUGUGAAUUUAUUUAUCACAGAGAUGGAACAGGGCAAACACCUCUCUAGUUUCUUUGUUAUAUCGCAAAGUCUUAAUGCACUGAGCACAUUUUACGAUUAUUUUCUAUCCCCUUUGGUUACCUUCCAUGUCUUUUUGUACUUUUUGUGCAUUUUGAAAGAAAAACCCUGCUGAAGGAAGAGUUUUAUCUUGUGAAAUAUGAAUGAAGAAGAGGCGAUGUGGAGUUUUUAACCUAUCAUGUCUAACUGUGUGACUCACUUUUUACGAGGGUGCUUUACGCACAUGCCUUUUUGGAAGGAAAAAAGUACAUUAAAUAUGCUUCAACAUACAAUCAGUCAUACAUUGUAUCCUAUGUUACUCCUCUGAUGUUUGAUCAUAUUUAAGGACUCGCCAUGUACAGAAGCAGAGGAUGGUAUGUAAAUAUAUGAUAGUGUAAGGCAUUACACGUUGUCUGUUGCAUUCCUCAUCUGAGAUGGCCAGAAAAGAAAUGUAUGUAUGCAAUUAUGUGUGUGAGGAUCACAAUGGGUAUUGAAUGUAACAUGCAUCAAUUAAACUAUUAUUGACAUUUUAA